AUGGAAGAAAAGAUGAAAAAACGGGAGGAUUGCCCACUUGAUGGGUCCACUGACAGGCACAACUAUCCUGCAGUCCGAGGAAGAACAGGAACUUGGACUGCUGGAAAUCUUAUCCUAGUGAAUCAUGGGCUAGCCACGUUGGCAUUUUAUGGGGUAGCAGUGAAUCUGGUGCUGUUUCUGACGAGGGUUAUGGGACAAGACAACGCAGACGCAGCUAACAGCGUUAGCCAGUGGACAGGAACUGUCUACAUGUGUUCUCUUGUUGGAGCCUUUCUCAGUGACUCUUACUGGGGAAGGUAUACAACUUGUGUGGUCUUCCAAGCCAUCUUUGUUCUUGGUUUGGGGCUACUAUCACUCACAUCCUACAUGUUUUUACUAAAACCUAGGGGUUGUGGAGAUGAACACUUUAAUUGUGGAUCUCAUUUGCCAUAUCACAAAGCUUUUUUCUACCUCUCAAUAUACCUAAUAGCCCUAGGAUAUGGAGGAUACGAACCCAACAUUGCCACGUUUGGUGCAGAUCAGUUUGAUGAAGGAAACCCAGAAGAAGGACACUCGAGGACAGAAUUUUUCAGCUACUUCUACUUUGCUCUCAAUAUUGGAUCGCUCUUCUCCGACACAGUAUUGGGUUACUUUGAGAAUGAAGCUAUGUGGACUCUAGGGUUUUGGGCCUCAACAGGAUCUGCUAGUCUUGCUUUGAUCUUGUUCCUUUAUGGCACUACGAGGUACAGGUACUUUAAACCAGGUGGAAAUCCUAUUCCUAGAUUUUGUCAAGUCCUUGUUGCAGCAACAAGAAAAUGGAAGGUCAAGGUUGUAUCUGGGGAAGACAAUCUUUUUGAAGUUGAAGAAUGUUCUAAUGAAGGAAGAAAGAUAUUGCACACUGGAGGAUUUAGAUUCUUGGAUAAAGCAGCGUUACCUGAAGAGUUCAGCAAGAUGGGCAAAGAUAACUUUAAUAAUCCGUGGCAUCUUUGCACUGUGACUCAAGUAGAGGAAGUGAAAUGCAUACUAAGACUAAUCCCAAUUUGGCUAUGCACCAUAUUAUACUCAGUUGUUUUCACUCAAAUGUCAUCACUAUUUGUAGAACAAGGUGCUGCAAUGGACACCUACCAAAUUUCAUCUUUCAAAAUUCCUCCAGCAAGCAUGUCUAUAUUCAAUAUUCUAAGCGCCUUGGCUUUCAUCUUCUUUUACCAGCAAGUUCUUAACCCUUUCAUUGCCCAAACAAUGAACAACAAAGGACUCACAGAGCUUCAAAGGAUGGGAAUAGGGCUCAUCAUAGCAAUGAUGGCCAUGGUUUCAGCAGGAGUGGUAGAGCAUUUGAGGUUAAAAAAUGCUAGAGAUGAAGAAUCAAGUGCACUGAGCAUCUUUUGGCAGACACCACAGUAUGUACUUAUAGGAGCUUCAGAGGUAUUUAUGUAUGUUGGUCAAUUAGAGUUCUUCAAUGGGCAGGCACCUGAUGGAUUAAGGAGCUUUGGAAGUGCACUUUACAUGACCUCAAUGGCACUAGGAAACUAUGUAAGUAGUUUGAUUGUUGCUAUUGUUGUGAAGAUUUCUCAGAGAGGUGAGAGCCUAGGAUGGAUCCCUGGAAAUCUUGACAAGGGACAUUUGGACAAGUUCUAUUUUCUUUUGGCAGUAUUGGUUGUAGCAAACCUUGCAAUUUACAUUGCUUGUGCUAAGUGGUAUGAACCUAUUAAAUUUGAAGAGAGGAAUGAAGAAGAAGACAAUAGCAAAAUCAUCAACUUAGAGCCUAGGGUUUAA